GUCAAUUCAAUUCGGUACGCGGUGAGUCGCGGCGACUCCACAUCACUAGUAAUUCCUGAUACCAAUAUGGCGGAAUUUCUUAUCAGCGACUCAGUGAAUUUGUAAAAUAUUUGACGAAAAUAGUAAUUUUAUAAAUAGAAAUUAAAACAAGGACAAACUAUAUUCAGCCCAAAGGACUUAUUUAGCACAGAGUUGUGUCUUCAAUUGUUUACAUUGGUUAUAAAAAUAACCGCACACCGAAAUACAUGAUCGAACAUCUGACAAUAAUAAUAAACAUGAGUAUAAUGUUUGCAAAGCAUUCGGGGCAAAAAUUCGCGUAGAAUAACUAAUUACGUCACGGCGGCCUCAUGUGCUGGGAAUACCGUUUGUGCAAUGCGAAGAUACAUGUCGUUGCGAAGGUUCACAAUGAUUCACGAGGUUAAUUGAGGUUUUACUUCGAUAAUACGUAAUUGGCUGGUACAUAAGUGUUGUUACGCGAUAAGUGCAGUUUCGCCUUCGUCGGCCGUUGACUCGUCUCGCAGGAAUCCGGUAGAAACGCGGGUGACUAAUCGAUGAGAUGAUCGAGAGUGUAUCAAGACGCGCGUUUAGUAGUUCUAGUGGAACGUACAACGUGCGUGCUUCGGAGCUGGCGCGCGAACGCAAGCUUAACAUCUUCAAUGUCACUGUGCAGUUUUUGGAUGACACCCAGCACUCCUUUCAAAUCGAGAAAAAGGCUAAAGGAAGUGUGCUGCUAGAACAAGUAUAUCAACAUUUAGAAUUAGUUGAGAAAGAUUACUUCGGCCUACAGUUCACUGAAAACGGUACACCGCCCAGCGCUACAAAUACAGAAAUAACGCGUUGGCUGGACAGUACAAAAUCAGUAAAGAAGCAAGUUGGAGCCAAUGCCCAGUUCUGGCUAGCAGUUCGGUUCUACCCGCCGGAACCGUCGCGGUUAGCUGAAGAGUAUACGAGAUACCUACUGUGCCUUCAACUGAGGAAGUUGCUGCUUGAUGGCAGAAUGAAUGCGCCGAAGAAUACCGCGUUAUUGCUGGCUUCGUUUACUGUGCAAGCGGAACUAGGCGACUACAACGUAUCGGAACAUCCGCCGAACUACCUAUCGGACCUCUGUCUACUGCCGAAACAGAACGCGGAAGACGAGAGGCGAAUCCGAGAGCUACACAAGUUGCACAAAGGACAGGCGCCGGCGGACGCUGAGGCGAACUUCUUGGAGCAUGCGAAGAGAUUAGACUGUUAUGGGGUUGAGUCGCAUCCUGCUAAGGAUUACAACGGCAAAGACAUAUUUAUUGGCGUGACGUCAAUAGGUAUAGUCGUGUUUCAAAACACAAUCAGGGUAAACACAUUCUCUUGGAGUAAAAUCGUUAAGAUUUCAUUCAAGAAGAAACAGUUCUUCAUUCAGUUGAAGAGGGAACCUUCGGAAACCUAUGACACGGUCCUUGGUUUCAACAUGCGCUCUGGUCGAGCGGCGAAAGCUCUCUGGCGCUGUAGCGUUGAAAGACACGGAUUCUUCAGACUUCGAGCUCCAAGGAGACGGGCCCUUUUAGCAGCCCUAGGAGCCCUGGCCGGCUUAGCGGCCCCCACAGUGCCUAGAACCGAAACCAUGGCCUUAGAAGACGCGAGAAGAUCUAGAUCGACGAAUAGGAGUUUUGUUAGGCGCAGUAGUUCCCGAACUAGGGAACGUUCGGUGUCGGUGGCUUCGCCGGGCGGCAUGCGCGGCGCCCGCGUGACGUCACACUGCGAGCCCGCGCCGCGCCCCGCCUGGACCGACGUGCAGCGCCCCGUGUCCGAGAUACAUGACGGCGACUUCCUAGAACGCGUCCUCCGCAUCCCUCUCUCCUACGUAGACGAGUCAGAAUCAGGUUCUGACGGUGCUGACACCAACGAGUCUAACGGCGGUGUCAGAAUACGCCUCGAGCCGGGCGCUGAUGGUCUGUUCGGGUUUAACGUUCGCGGAGGUGGGGGAGCGCCUGUGUUAGUGUCGAGAGUCGCUAGUAGAACGAGGUUGAAGUUACAGGAAGGCGAUCAGGUGAUAUCAAUAAACGGGCAGGACGUAGAUGAACUGACGCACGAACAAGUAGUACAACUGAUCAGGAACACGAGAGGACCUCUUACCUUGGUCGUCAAGCCUAAUGCCGUCUACGCCCCCGAAGACCCAGGCGCCGAGGAACCAGAAGCCUGCUUCGUUCCAUUCUACGAAGGACAAUCAGCGGAAGGCGACGCUCUAGAACAGUCCAUACUGUUGCUAGGCGACGGCCUCGCCAGCGGCAACGCCCUCAAACAAUACGAGACUCUGCUCAGGAGACUACCCGACGAACCCACCAAUGUGUCCAAAUUGCCGAGUAAUUUGAAUAAGAACCGGUAUCGGGAUAUUGCGCCUUAUGAUUCAACGCGAGUGAUAUUAAAGAACGGACCGACGGGCGACUAUAUCAACGCUUCGUAUAUCAACAUGGAGAUACCCAACUCUGAUAUGGUUCUCACUUAUAUUGCUACGCAAGGUCCUCUAUCAACAACAGUAGGCGACUUCUGGCAAAUGGUGUGGGAAUCAGAAAGCAGUCUUGUCGUCAUGUUAACAGUACUCACCGAGCGAGGCCGUGCAAAGUGCCACCAGUACUGGCCUAAAGUUGGCAAUACGCCACUGAAAGCCACUAAUAGUCUAACUAUAUUGACUACCAGUGAGCAAAACCAUGGACAUUAUGUUAGGAGGGAGAUGACUAUGAAGGAGAACACAGGUGCUUCCCGCAACGUGACGCAGCUGCAGUACACGGCAUGGCCGGACCACGGCGUGCCCGACGACGCCGCCGAGUUCAUCAGCUUCACGCAGCUCUGCGCCGACCUGCGGAAACGGAGACCAUUAAUACCAACAGUAGUAGACCCGGAACAAAUCGAAGAAGAACGCGAACUAGACCCGCCGAUGAUAGUGCACUGUUCGGCCGGGGUGGGUCGGACCGGCGCCCUCAUCCUGUGCGAGGUGGCGCUGGCGCUGGCGGCGCGGAGACAGCCGCUGUACCCGCUCGACCUCGUGCGGGCCAUGCGGGCGCAGCGACCCAUGUGUAUACAGAACGCCAGCCAGUACAAGUUCGUAUGCGAAAGCAUACAGACGGCGUACAACCAGGGCCUAACGAAGACUUCUUCGGAGACCGGCUCCAAUUGAUAGCGGACUCACGUCAAUUGUACAGUCCCUACUUCUAGAGACUAGACUGAUCGAAUUAGGUAUGUGUAUUUAGUUUAUACACCGAACCAAAACAGUAUAAAAUUGUUCACAAAAUAAAUAAAAGAUCACACUAUGGUAAGCUAUUUAUUAGCUUGAGUUAUGGGUGCUGACAUAACUGAUAAACAACAUAUACUUUGCUUAUAUAAACUUCUAAAAUACCCCCGAGAACAGAAAUUUUCUCUUGCACUUGGAAUUAAUAUCAUACAAUGAAGUAAGCCUAAUAAGGUCAUCCAAGUGAGAAAAAUACACUUUGAUAUCUGAGUCCAGUUUUCGCGAUUUCAGUUCGAUACUCGGUGACGACACUACUUAUUAAUGCCGAUAUCGAUAAAAAGUAUAUACAAAAGAUAUAAGAGUUUGUAACUGGUUCGGUGUAUAGUAAAUACUGAAUGAAAUAACAGUGUGUUCAUGGUUUCAAGUAGUGUAACAACUUUUUACGUGAUAUGAAUGCUGUAAAGUCAGUAAGAUUAAGUUUAGUUGGUUGAAAGAUACAAGGAAAAACGAACUUUAAAGUCUAGCAUAUAAAGUAUGAACUUGAUAAAAAUUGCAAACUAUUGAAAUCUUUCUUUGUAGAAAGAACUAUAUGCAUAGACGAUACGAACAAUUUUUUACUUGUAUCUUUUAACAGAUCAGUGAUAAGAUAAUUUUCUAUGAAUUUUAUUCUUGUAUUUAUUUCUAGUGUAAAACGACCAGUGGUUUGAAUAAUUGUUAAUUUAUAAAUUUUAUAAAACGUUUUCUUUCACGAUGUUAUUUGAUUAUCGAUUAGUACUCGAAUAAUAAUAAUCGAUCCCACAUAUCACUGUUAACUUAAGAUAAUUUUUAUUUUACUGUUUAUUAUUUAUUUUUAGUUUUAGUAUUUUUCUAACGCUUGCUGUGAUUUUUCACUACACAUUAAUGUAUGGAUCUAAGUAAUCUGUAGUCUUGCCUUUUCAACGAAUUUAGUAAUUUAUUUCAUACGAUUAGUACAUUUCAUACAUGUUUUAUUGGUUGGUGACAAGUGGCAUAAAUGGUAUAUAAACACUAAUUUCGAUGGCCUUUGCAAGCAUUUGAUUCGGUAAUGAAUUCGGGGAAAAAUAAAGUCGAUAAAAAAGUACUCAUUUACUCCACCCUGUCACCAACAAGUUUAUCGCUUCUUUUCCUGUGCCAUUUGUAAUAAUUAUAAUCAUAAGGAAAAUUUGUAAAUUUUUACUUUAAUAAUAUAUUUCUCAAAUGAUGUAAAUUGCGUUAUUUUGUGUUCAAAACCCAGUAUACAGUAAACUGACUUAGUGUUCUAUCGAUAAAUAAUAGGGACCCAAAAUAACGAUAAUAUAUUACGUACGAUUAUUAUAAGUAAUAUCUAAGUGUAACGAAGUCGGUAAUACGUAAUUUUAUUAAAAUAUAUAAUGGUAUUUUUGCACCUCUAAAGUAUAGCAAAGUGUUUGAAUGUUUCUUAGAAUCUUAUAUGGAUGAUAUUACUUAGUAGUCCGUCGAAAUUUUUGAUCAAAAUUACAUAAAAAAAAAAACGUUUAAUAAAUAUACAACAUUUUCAAUUUUAUUCGAAUAUCCCAAGUUUUUCUCGGAAUUCUUCUCCUCAAUAUUGAAAAUUAAAAUUACAAAUCCCUGGCCUUUUGCCACGGUUGGGUAUCAGGAGGUACUAUAUCGACCCUUUUACAUUUUCAUCUAAUUUCUCAGUAACACACAUUAAAUUCUUAUUAAUUCGUUCAACUAAUACUAUGUUCAUUCACUUACCCGACAUAUCAACUACCUAGAGAUAUUAUAUACUAAUUUAUUAAGGAUACAGUUAGACAACUGGUUUACACCUCAUAGGGCACACAUUUAGGUGGACACCGAUUUUUUAAUUCAUUCUAAAUCAAGUUCCUCGUUUUAACAUUAUUCAAGGUUUUUAUCACCUUAAAACCAGUAGAUCAGGACCACUCUAACAUCGUCCUAUUGUCAUAAAAUCUUUACCGGACCAUAAAAAGGCUGUAACGAUCAACGUUACAGUCUUUUUUUCGUCCCACUGCUGGGCUGCGGCCUCCUCUCACACGGAGAAGGAUUGAGCGUCAAUCAUCACGCUUGCUCAAUGCGGGUUGGUGAUUUCAGACUAUAUAUAGUCCAGGUUUCCUCAAGAUGUUUUCCUUCACCUUUUUAUCAGCCAUAGGUGGUAAGCUUUAUCGAUUUCAGGAUUUUUUAAUUGUCAUCGAUAUAGAAUUAUAGACUCUCAAACUGUUUUGUCUGAAUGUGUGGCCUAACGUUUGCUGUGUCUCUAACAUUAAGUGAUGAUUGCCAUAAAUAAAAACAAUUAACGAGUGUGUUUAUAUUUAUCUGUAGAUUUUAUAGCAUUUAAGUGUUUUGUCAUAAUAUUUUAUUACUUCGCAUAAAUCACAUAACAACAUAACAAUAUUUAAAUGGAACAGAUAAUAAUACGAACGUUUUCUAUAACAGUAUCAAGAGUAAGUAUUCUUUAUUUUAGAAUAUACAAGCAGAGAAUUAUAGUUAGACAGUCUUGCAUUUGUUUGGAAGCUCUUAAUAAAGCAUUUUAUUCACAAGCACUAAUUCACUAUAUUUUGAAUUAUAAUUGUCUUUAAUAUAUUUGAUUAAGAAUGAAAAUAUUUUAUUCUUCACACAACGAUUUCACUCAAUUUUUCUAGUGCACACCUAAAUGAGAUGUUAAGUUAAUCAAUAAGCCUAAUAUUUUGCAUUAUAGUUUAUAUUUAAUUUAUUGCCGUGUCUCUAGGUUUAACUAACAAUAAAAAUAUAUUUCGUUAAACUUUACUCAUGAAUAAAUAAGCACUCGUAAUUUAACUUCUUAACUUAUAUUUUUCGAUGUAUUUUUCUUCUCAAAGUUGGCAAGUAUUUCACAUACAUAUUUAACAAAUUAUUUUUCUUUGAUUUAUGAAAUAAUACACCCUUUUAAAUGGCUAUGAUAUUAAGUAAAUUAAUACAAAAUAUCGAAAUUGUUUAAUAUCGAAAAUUUUUGCAAUAAAAUACGUUUUUCAUAAGGAUUUAAUUGUAGUAUUGUGUGAAUGACUGAUGUAGUUCUAAGUGUUGUCAUGUUCAAUUAUUUUGUAGGGAGAGUGUCAAAACUUUGUACACAGCUGGCUUCAAAUGUUGGUGCCAACAUUUGUACCAAUGUGUGGACGAAUCGCCAAGUCAUGCAAAACAACGGCUGACUCCCCAUGUUUCGAAACAAGUGUUGGAUCAAAUGUUGGCCCAAGAUGUGAAUCCGGUCUAAUGUUUUCUAUCUUGUGAUGUAUAUGAAGUGCUGUGCGUUUUAUUUUAUGUCAAAUAAAAGUUUAUUGAUUUAA